UUUAUCAGGUGACCGCCUUCUAUAGCGACCCUUUGCAAAAGUCAGCUCAAUGCUGCUCUGUUGAUUUUUCCUAGCAAUGGCUGAGAUUGGAUAUCUGUACCAGUUCAGACUCAUCUUGAUAGGAGAGAGCACAGUGGGCAAGUCCAGCCUCCUCAGGCAGUUUAAGGAGGGCGAAUAUUUUGCAGACAUUAGUCUCACAGUAGGUGUGGACUUCCAUGCCAAGGUGGUGGAGGUGAAUGGGUUCCCUAUCAAGCUACAGCUGUGGGACACUGCUGGACAAGACCGAUUCCGAGCCAUUGUGAAAGCGUACUAUCGAAACGCAGUUGGAGGGCUGCUUGUGUAUGAUAUAACAAGCCGUGACUCGUUCUCCAAGCUCGACAUCUGGUUGGAAGAUGCCUUGAGGAAUGCUGAGCCUCACAAACCUGUGUUCCUGCUCGUAGGCAAUAAGUGUGAUCAAGAGAAGUCUCGUGAAGUCUCAAAAGAAGAAGGGGAACAAUAUGCUCGAGAUCAUGAUAUGGAGUACAUUGAAACAUCAGCAAAGACGGGUCGAUAUGUCGAUGAGUGUUUCUACAGAAUAGCCAAGAGGAUUUUUCAGAUGGUUCACGAUGGCUACAUUACUGUGCAAGAUGGCUGGGAUGGUGUGAAAAAAGGUGAUCCCACAACGAACACUGGAAGGAGGCCUCCCUAUGGAGAUGGUCACUACAAUGGAACUGUAUCUUUUCAAGGCAAUGUCACCAAGGAAAGAGACUCUGAUUCUAAAAGAAAGUGUUGUUAUGGGGGUGGGGCUAGACAUGAAAAGGGGAUUUCUCUGGGAGUUUCUCUACCAAACAACACUAAAAUGAAAAUGAUAAUUGGAGAAGUUUUCUCUGAGGUCCAAGAAAUUACAGAAUGGAUGACUCUCGGUGUGCAUUUGAAUCUGGAGCUACCACAACUUAAGAGAAUCGAGCUGAUGCACUCAGAUCCAAAACGACAUCUUCUUGACAUGCUAGACACUUGGCUCAAUACAAUGCCUGAAGCUUCUUGGUCGGACAUUGUUCGUGCACUGAGAAAAAUGGAGCAGAAUGUGUUGGCUGGAAACAUUGAGGCAAAGUUUAUCAACACUACCACCAACGAGGAAAUUGACGAGUGCUUUUCAAAACGCCCACGGAUCAGUGAGCCAGAAGAAUGUGCUGACAGUAAUGGUGUAAUCAAAGAGAAAGCCUUGAAACUUAAUACUCAACAUAUAAAGGAACUCUUCGCACAACUGGUUUUACACAUUCUACAAGCACUUGAAACUCUCAAGACUGAUGUUGAGGAUGUCUGCUUAGUCGUCUCAAACUUUCCCUGCUCUGCCAAGUACACAAACAUCAUCUUUUUUGACAAGCACCGAGAAGAAGUACGAAAUGCUCCAUCCUUGAGAGCCCUCUUUGCUCUUCUUGGUGAAUACGAGUAUUGGAACUGGAAGAAUUGUGGCCUCCUACAUGCACUUGUAUGGACGUUUGGAACAGAUAAAUUAAAAGAAAGAACGAAACAGUACGAAAAAGAGGUGCAGGCUUUUCACAUCAAUAUAAAGCUCAGCACUUUGGCUAGUACAGCUCCUGGUGAUGAUAAAACUGAUAAAAGGACCGAUUUUGUUAAGUUAACAGCCAAGCUUGAAAAAGGCCUUCCUUGGUCUGACUAUACCAUGCAAUGUGUUGAAAAGUUUUGGGAAUCGUUUACCAAAGAAUAUUUGCUUGAGAAGUACACACUCUUCUUUCAUAACGCCAAGCCUGGGUGUGUAUGUCUUACUUUUCUCAUCCCGGCUGCCAUUGCACCUUAUCUUAUUGUUGAGUCUCAAUCUAAGUCGGUAUUUCUGGCUUCUCAGGACAUCGUAAAGCUGACAAUUCAGGAACAGUGUGUGUUUGAGUCCGGCAACAGCUCUAAAGAGAAGCUAUCAAUUGCCCAGGCUGAAAAACCAAAUACUGAUGAUGAAUGUCUCAUAGCUGAAAAUGAUUCACUAAGAGAUCUAGUGCAGACUCUGCAGCAAGACAAUGCUGAGCAAUUGGAGCUAAUAACAGAGUUGAAGGCUCAGCAAAGGCUCACAGUGCCAGUAUCCAGUCAGUCCAUGGGAGGGAAUUCUGAGGAGGAAUGUGUCUCUUAUAACAUUGGCAAUCGCUCACAUUUUGCAUGGACUCUAAACCUCAAUGGUUUCUUUUACAACCACAUCCAUAGCCACGACUCCAAUGUUCUACAGAGUAGCUAUUUCGUUGCACCAAAUGAAAAGUCCCACUAUCAAGUGAUUCUAUCUCCUCGAUCCUAUGACAAAUGGGACAGUCGUCACUGUUCCUUGUUCCUGGUAGCACAUGGGAGUAAUGUAACAUUCCCCAGUACGGUUGUGCUACAGUGCAGGUUACCUGGGUUGCAAGGAGAAGGUGACAUAGAGCAAUAUUUCCAGUAUCAUGAUGCAGAUCUAAUUGAGCAAAGGAAGGAGAUAGCUCCUAAUUGCUUUAUCAUUAGCGGUAUGCACUCAUUCCUUAGCUACUCAUUUUUCAUGAAACAUUUGAAUGUCAUGCCAUUCUUUCAGAUAGUAGUUGAUCUUUCUUUUUAA